UUUUUUUUUUUUUUUUUUAACGGUUUGCCGUUUGUUGUAGGCAGAAUUGUGGGAUCUGUGUUUAUGACAAGCUAUUACUGUUUUAUCUUGAAAUGUCUUUUCGACGAACGUGGGGAGCCAACAUUCUUAACAGAUUCGUUAGGCAGUACUCUAAUAGAAACGUCCUGAAACUUCAUGAACGAGGAAUGUUUGAAGACAUAUUUCCAGAGAUAUCAAGCAACGAAGUGACAGAUCUUCUGAAUGCCAAACCACAGUGUGUGUAUGCAGGUUUUGAUCCAACAGCCAGUAGUCUGCACCUUGGAAAUCUGUUGGUAUUAGUCAACUUGUUGCAUUGGCAAAGAGGUGGACACAAAGUUAUUGCCCUUGUUGGUGGCGCAACUGGAAGGAUAGGGGAUCCAAGUGGCCAUGCCACUGAUAGGCCAGAAUUACAAUCAACAAUUAUUAAUAGCAAUGUACGUUCUAUAAAGGAAAGUAUCCAGCGUAUCUUCAGCAAUCAUGAGCAAUAUCUGUGGGACAAGUAUGCAAGCACACGGACAUUGACUUCACCAAUGAUUAUUGACAACGCUGACUGGUAUUCAGAACAAAAUGUUGUCAAGUUUGUUAGUCAUGUAGGACGCCACUUCCGACUAGGCACCAUGCUCUCCAGGCACAGUGUUCAGUCCAGAUUGUCAUCAGAAGCUGGUAUGAGUUUUGCUGAGUUCUGCUAUCAGGUGUUCCAAGCAUAUGAUUGGCUUCAUCUUCUACAGAGAUAUGACUGCAGGUUUCAAGUUGGCGGCAGUGAUCAGAUGGGCAACAUUGUGUCUGGCCAUGAUCUCAUCUCAAGAGUUGCAGAUACCAGAGUUUAUGGUUUGACACUUCCACUCGUAACAACAGAAUCUGGCCACAAGUUUGGUAAGACUGCUGAUAACGCAGUGUGGUUGAAUGCAGACAAGAGCUCCCCAUUUGAUCUGUAUCAGUUCUUUGUACGGUGUCAAGACUCAGAAGUUGAGAGGCUACUCAAACUGUUCACAUUUGAGACGCUUGGCAGUAUUGAGAACAUAAUGAGAAAACACCAGAGGAAUCCUGAACUAAGAACUGCUCAGAAGAGGCUUGCUGAACAGGUGAUGCUUCUGGUUCACGGAGAGGAAGGGUUGGAGGCAGCACUUAAGGCCACAUCAGCUCUUUACGAUCAGACUGCCGAGAGUCUCGCACAGCUGACGGCAGAAGAGAUCAGUAACAUAUUUCAGGGAGCAAAGAUCUGUGAUCUACUACUCCAGCCUGGCACAACUACGCUAGAGUUGUCUCUCCAGGCUGGAUGUUUCACCAAUGAAAGAGAUGCAGUGAGAAUCAUAUCUGCUGGAGGUUUUUAUAUUAAUUACCAACGAGUUACCAAGAUAGAUGAAGUGCUGACGCAAGCUGCACACAUAUUACCUAACAACAUCACAUUAAUUAGAGUUGGUAAGAAGAAUUACUAUGUUGUCAGAUGGCUGAAGUGAGGAUUUAUUGUGUAGGAAAAUGCAUGAAUCAAGCUGGUUUUAGUUGAAGG